UGACUUCUCUCUACUAAAACAGUCAUCGGCUCGCUGACGUCUGUACUGUACCCUCUUCCUCGUUCUUCCCCUUAAUUUUUUUUUUUGUUGCUUCGAGUCAAUCCGCAGCAAAAUUCUCCAGUUUCCUCCCUCUUUCGUCCCCAUCGAUCUCGAUCCCUCUCUCAAGUUUCAACCAAUCGUUUGAUUGUUCAACCGAUCCUCGAAUUCAAGGAUCGAAUUGAACCGGGCUGUGAUUUCUCCGCUGGCCGUGGGAGCAUGCGCUGUCAAAACCUAGGGUUUCUCAGAGAGCGGGUAAAGAGAUCUUGACGAAGAGGAAUCGGUUCCCCCAAUUGGGAUGGAAGUGUAACUGCCUCAUAACUGUAAAUGCUGUAGAUCUUUUCCCCCCCUUUUAGAGAUGGCUGAAGGCUGGGAGGAACAUUAUGAUACUGGUAGCCAUUCUGAUGAGAGCUACUAUGAAAAGUUACGCAUGGAACCUAUCUAUGAGUCAUUUGUCUGCCCGCUCACAAAGAAAGUUAUGCAAGAUCCUGUUACCAUAGAGAAUGGACAGACUUUUGAGCGAGAGGCAAUUGAAAAGUGGUUCAAGGAGUGCAGGGAAAGUAGAAGAAAGCUCAUUUGCCCAUUGACUCUGAAGGAACUGAGUAGCACUGAACUUAACCCGAGUAUAGCUCUUCGGAAUACAAUAGAAGAGUGGAUCCAAAGGAAUGAAGCUGCUCAGCUAGAAAUUGCUUGUAGAUCCCUUGCUCCUGGAGGCUCAGAAAGUGAUAUUCUUCAGGCUCUAAAUUAUAUUUCAGUCUUUUGUCAGAAGAGCAGGUCCAACAAGCAUAUUGUGAGGAAUGCAGAACUAAUACCAGCUAUUGCUGAAAUGUUGAAGAAUACCAGCAGGAAAGUGCGAUGUAAAGCAUUGGGAACUCUUCGAAUAGUUGCUGAAGAGGAUAAUGACAAUAAGGAGAUUAUUGCUGCAGGGGACUCCGCUCGCACUAUUGUGAAGUUCCUGUCACAUGACCAUUCUCAGGAGAGGGAGGAAGCUGUAUCUUUAUUAUAUGAGCUUUCGAAGUGUGAGGCUCUCUGUGAAAAGAUUGGUGGAAUCAGUGGAGCAAUUCUUAUAUUAGUUGGAAUGUCAAGUAGCAAAUCAGAAAAUAUUUUGACUGUUGAGCAAGCAGAAAAGACAUUAGAGAAUUUGGAGAAAUGUGCGAGCAAUGUGAGGCAGAUGGCUGAAAGUGGCAGAUUGCAGCCUCUCCUUACCUUGAUACUUGAAGGCUCGCCUGAAACUCAGUUGUCAAUGGCUUCAUAUCUUGGUGAGCUUGUCUUAAGCAAUGAUGUGAAAGUCUUUGUGGCCCAAACAGCCGGUUCAGCUCUGGUCGAUGUUAUGAGGAGUGGGAGCAUCGAGGCAAGAGAAGCUGCUCUCAAGGCCCUGAACCAGAUCUCAUCAUACGAGUCGAGCGCCAAGAUACUGAUCCAAGCUGGGAUCCUUCCACCACUAGUAAAAGACCUCUUCAGUGUCGGCAUCAAGCAGCUACCUAUGAGGCUAAAAGAGCUUUCGGCAAAUAUUCUCGCCAACGUAGUCUCUUCCGGUGCUGAUUUUGAAUCGAUCCCACUUGAUUAUGAUCGCCAAACUCUUGUUUCUGAGGAUGUUGUACACAACCUUUUACAUCUCAUCAGCAAUACUGGCCCAGCAAUCGAGGGCAAGCUGCUUCAGGUCCUAGUGGGGCUCACAAGCUCACCGUCUACAGUAGUGAACAUAGUUUCUGCCAUCAAGAGCUCUGGUGCUACCAUCAGUCUAAUCCAGUUUGUGGAGGCUCCACAGCGAGAUCUUCGAGUGGCGUCCAUAAAACUUCUACACAAUAUUUCUCCUUACAUGGGUCAAGAACUAGCAGACGCCCUUAAAGCUACUGCUGGCCAGCUCGGUAGCUUGAUUAGAGUGAUAUCAGAGAACAAUGGCGUCUCUGAAGAACAAGCAGCUGCUAUGGGACUCUUAGCUGAUUUACCUGAGAGGGACUCAGUUCUCACUAAAAGACUUCUAGUUGAAGGGGCUUUCAGCGUGGUCAUCUCCAAGGUGCUCAGUAUUAGACAAGGAGAAACUCGAGGAAGCAGAUUUUUUACUCCUUAUCUCGAGGGGCUUGUCAGAGUUCUCUCAAGGCUGACCUAUAUUUUAGAUGAUGAGCCUGAUAUCAUCGCUCUGGCCCGUGAGCAUAAUCUCACUGCAGUAUUUACUGAUCUACUUCAAAUGAACGGGCUGGAUAACGUACAAAUGGUUUCUGCUUUCGCAUUAGAGAACCUCUCUCAGCAAUCAAAACGCCUAACGAAAAUCCCCGACCCUCCGGAGCCUGGACUCUGUGGGGCUAUAUUCCCUUGUUUCAGUAAGCCACCAGCAGUAACAGGGCUUUGCAAGGUUCACCAUGGAAUUUGUUCAGUGAAGGAAACCUUCUGCCUCUUGCAAGGGAAAGCAGUGGAGAAACUGGUUGCUUGUUUAGACCAUGAAAAUGUGAAGGUUGUUGAGGCCGCAAUAGCAGCACUCUGCACUCUGUUGGAAGAUGAUGUGGAUGUUGAACAGGGUGUUAUGGUGCUUUGUGAUGCUGAUGGGAUUAGACAGAUAUUGCAGGUGCUGCUUGAAAACAAAACGGAGAUUCUCAGGCAACGGGCAGUUUGGGCGGUCGAAAGGAUAUUAAGAAUAGAGGACAUAGCUUGUGAGAUUUCGGCGGAUCAAAAUGUGGGUACGGCUUUAGUAGAAGCCUUUAGACAUGGUGAUUAUCGAACGAAACAGAUCGCAGAGCGAGCGUUGAAGCAUGUCGACAAGUUACCCAACUUUUCGGGUAUAUUUCCUAGGUAGUUGGAUGAACGUGAGAUUUGUGGGUAGCAAUGUAUAUGUUCCUUUUUUGCAGCUUGUUGUUUGUUUGUUUGUUUUUCUUUUUCCACGAGGAUUGUAAGUUAUUUUAGAGUUGUCGAUAUGUUCUUGAAGUGUAUUUCGCCCCCUCCUCCUCGUUCUUUGGGAAUGAAUGCAUCGAGUGGUAUUGAAUUGAGAAUGUUGAUUGAA